AAUUUAAUGAGGAUUGCUUUGUAUAUGUAUAGAGUACUCUUCUAAUUUCGUUCCACAUGCGCAUGAUCAUGUGUAUAUUCUAAACAAGUUUACGAAAAGAAAUUAAAAAUCACUUUCCAGCUAACUAUUUUUCACGAACUGAAGAAAAAAACUACCUUUUCAUUUAAAAUUUGGCCUGUGGCCACUUUACUUUCUUGGAAGUACUAACAUGGUGGGGCGAGAAAAAAAGGAGGUAGAGGUUUGAGUAAAUUAUACAUACAUACAACUGUAAAAGGAAAUUAAGAGAAAAAAAAAAAACUUUUUUCUGACACAAUAAUUAAAUACACAUGAAGAUAAAGAUUCAACCAAUCUGGUAGUGAUAAGAUAGAUAAUAAUAGAGGUUAGUUAAUCGUUGAGGUUAUUGAUACACAACUCACCCGUGGAUUGUUCUCUGCCAGUUGUGUGAAAAGUCAACGAUUUAGUAAACAUAGUACACAUCACCCACAAUUCAAUAAAUAAGCUCAAGGUGGAGCUGAAAAUUAAGAACACGAGAUAGGAAUAGAAUCGAUUAAUCUGAAAAAAUGAAGCUGGGAAUGGCAAGAGGGGAAGUCUAUCUAAGGGUCUCAGCAAUAGUGGUGUUGGUAUUAACAACUUGUUUAGUUGCUUUUGAUACUCAAACGAAGGUUGUGUUAUUAAGUAUUGAGAGGAAGGCUACCUACAAAGACUUGAACGCUCUCAAGAUCUUGGUCUAUAUUACAUCUGCGGCUGCUGGUUAUAACACGCUUCAAUUAUGCAAACCCUCAACUUGUUCUAAAGAAAACAUCAAAGGGUCUUACAUAUGCAUGGGUUGGAUUUGUUUCUUGUUGGAUCUGAUGGCAGUGUACAUUACAUUUGCCGCAAAUACUGCAGCAGUUGGAGCCUCCGUGAUGGCAGUAACGGGAUCAGAAGCCUUACAGUGGCUUAAGUUAUGCGACAAAUUCACAAGAUUUUGCCACCAAAUAGGAGGAGCUUUGUUAUGUGGCUAUGUAGCUUCCAUCCUAAUGGCUCUAAUAUCCACUGUCUCAGCCUAUAAAGUGUUCAGCUUGUACUCACCAAAGUGGUUCCUUCGUUUAAAGAGCAUGUGAAUCGUGAUCAUUAUCUUUCAAAGCAUACUCUAAUGAAGUUUAGAACAAGAAGCAAAACAUGAAGAUGAAGCGUUAAAGAAAGGUCCGUCAAAGCCUCAAAGGGUGGGUAUAGUAAUCCAAUGCUAAUAGUUUGAUGUAUUUUAAUCUCUUUUCCUUGGGUUUUUAUCACUUACAUUUUGUUUGGGUCAGAAAAGAAAUAUCAAAGAAAAAAAAAUAAAAGAAAGAGAUAGGAAUUAGGAGAGAUGAAAAUAAUCUGAAAAUAUACUAUUUUAGUAGAUAUAUAAAAAUAAAAAGGAAGAAAAAUGUGUUUUUACCGGCUUGAAUAAAUUAAAAAUGAAUAAAAAUAUUAUGAAUGAAGAAAUUUUUAUCCUUACAUAUAUGUAUUUAUUUGUCAUUUGAAAUGAUUAUGUUUUCUC